GUAUUUCCGGCGGAAGUGGCUACGGCUACACCAAUCGCCUUCCCUAAACAAAGUAGACUACGACUCCCAAGGUCCUCUGCGCCCAGGGGCGGGGGAAAGGAACCGGAAGCCGGAUGGGGCACCGGACCAGGUGACAGUGGCAUGGUUGUGCCCCAGGCUCUCCCACUGGGGCCCCUCCACGAACCUGCAGGCGCCCUUAUGGAUCCCCAGCCCUCCCCUCGAAGUUUGGCUGAGGGCUUCCUGGAGGAGGAGCUCCGGCUUAAUGGUGAGCUGAAGCAACUACAGUUUUCCGAGCCUGUGGGCCUCAUCUACAAUCCUGUGGAGUACGCCUGGGAGCCACAUCGCAGCUACGUCACCCGCUACUGCCAGGGCCCCAAGCAAGUGCUCUUCUUGGGCAUGAACCCAGGACCCUUUGGCAUGGCCCAGACUGGGGUGCCCUUUGGGGAAGUGAGUAUGGUCCGGGACUGGUUAGGCAUCGGGGGCUCUGUGCUGACCCCUCCCCAAGAGCACCCCAAGCGACCAGUGCUGGGACUGGAGUGCCCUCAGUCCGAGGUAAGUGGUGCCCGGUUCUGGGGCUUUUUCCGGAACCUCUGUGGACAGCCGGAGGUCUUCUUCCGUCACUGUUUCGUCCACAACCUGUGUCCUCUGCUCCUCCUGGCCCCCAGUGGGCGCAAUCUCACCCCCGCCGAACUGCCGGCCAAGCAGCGAGAACAGCUCCUCGGGGUGUGUGACGCAGCGCUUUGCCGGCAGGUGCAGCUGCUGGGGGUGCGGCUGGUGGUGGGCGUGGGGCGCGUGGCCGAGCAGCGGGCACGGCGGGCUCUGGCUGGCCUGAUGCCCGAGGUCCAGGUGGAGGGGCUCCUGCACCCCUCCCCUCGUAGCCCACAGGCCAACAAGGGCUGGGAGUCAGUGGCCAAGGAGAGACUGAAUGAGCUGGGGCUGCUGCCGCUGCUGACGAAAUGAGUGCCCCUGCGGCCGGCACAGGUCGCGUUCAAGACCCCCAGGGUCGUUCUGGACAAGCAGAUGACCACGCGCCUCCUGGACCGGAGCGACAAGGUUCCCCUCGGCUCCCUGGUUGCUGUGACCUGCCACAGCAGUUGUGACACUACUCCUGCUCGCCCUCCCGAUUUCCUGCUCACUUCACCUUCCUCCGAGCGUGGCCUCUGGUCUGUGGGUCCCAGCGCCACCGAGGGCCGGCGCCCACAAACUGCUCUACCUCCCUGUUGCCCUGAGGGCCGCUCUUCAGUGGAGAGUGACCUCAACAGUGACUUCUGAGGUCAUAUUUGCAGUUGUAGAGAAAAGUUCUUGCCCAGAUCCCCACUCAUCCUUCAGCUCACCCCUUCGCUCACAGGGACCAGGAGAAAGCAUGAGCUAUGGAUGCUGAGGGUGAACUUCUGAUGGGAGACUGAGGCCGGGUCAGAGAGACAGAAUUCAGUGUGGCAGCACGGGAGGGACCAGAAGACCUGGAUCUCCACCCAGCCUUAAGACUUGUGAACCCCAUGACUGUAGAUGAGUUGACCGAUCUCUCCAAGCCUCAGGAGCCUCUGUAAAUUAGGGUUCCUGCCUCCUGGGGCUGGUGUGGGAAUUCACUGAGAUAACACUUACAAGUGCCUUGCACAGUGCCUGGCGCACGGGUGCUCAUCCCACCUCCCCUGGCUCUCGCCUUUGGGUGGGGGAGGCACCGCGCUACACUACACGGGGAGCCCCUCUGCUCCCAAGGCCGGGGUGGGCCUGAGUGAGGGGCAGAUUCUUGCCCCGCCAGAGCUGGACCAAUGACUUUAUGAAAAACCCAGCCUGUGAUUUUUUCAAUCUAAGCAUUAAAAGCCCCUAAACCCUUG